AUGGAGCCAAUAGCUGUCGUUGGGAUAGCUCAUCGCUUUCCUGGUGGAGCAUCAACACCCGCUGCUUUCUGGGAUCUGCUUCAGCACCCACCAGACAAUCUCUCACGCCCGCCGCCUCCAGAAAGGCUGAAUCUCUCCAAAUUCUACCACCCAAAUGACGACCAGCAUGGCAGCACUCCUGUAUCCAAGUCGUAUUUUCUCAACGAAGAUGUCACUGUAUUUGAUGCUCCCUUCUUCGCUAUCAGCCCGCUGGAGGCCGAGGCGAUGGAUCCGCAACAGCGUAUACUACUGGAGACUGUCUACGAAGCCAGCGAAAGCGCUGGGAUACCACUGCAGCGGCUUAGGGGAAGUCAGUGUUCCGUGUUUGUAGGUGUCAUGACGGCGGACUACGAACACAUACAGUACCGUGAUCCAGAAGACCUCUCGACAUACACAGCUACCGGAACUUCACGAGCCGUGCUGGCAAAUCGGAUUUCUUACUUCUUUGAUCUCAGGGGGCAGUCCACCGUAAUAGACACCGCGUGUUCUUCGUCAUUGGUAGCAUUACACCUUGCGGUUCAGGAGAUGAGAGCAGGAAACUCCGACAUGGCCGUUGUGAGUGGUUGCAAUCUGCUCUUGGGGCCAGACCUUUAUGUCAGCGAGGCCAAGUUGCACAUGCUCUCUCCAACUGGAACCUGCAAGAUGUGGGAUGCUGGAGCUGAUGGAUAUGCUCGUGGUGAAGGCGUGGCGUCUUUAAUUCUAAAACCAUUAAAAGACGCGAUAAGAGAUGGAGACCCGAUUCAAGGCUUGGUUCGACACACGGGUGUCAACUCAGAUGGGCGAACACAGGGUAUAACUAUGCCCAGUGCAGCAGCCCAAGCAUCCUUGAUACGACACACAUAUCAGGCUGCGGGGCUCGACCCAUUCAAAACUGGGGAUAGGUGUCAGUAUUUUGAGGCCCACGGAACUGGGACUAAAGCGGGCGAUCCAAACGAGGCCCAAGGUAUCUCGGAGGCCUUCUUUAGAGAUUCUGGAGACUCGUCUGGAGACAGCCCACUUCUUGUCGGCUCCGUCAAAACGGUGAUAGGCCAUCUGGAAGGAUGCGCAGGCCUUGCAGGGGUGAUCAAGGCCCUGCUAGCCAUGAAGCACGGCUCAAUCCCACCAAACAUCCAUCUCAAGAACUUGAGCCCAGAUGUUGCCCCCUUUGCCAAACGACUGAGGAUCCCUACAAGGCCUAUGCCGUGGCCAUCCCCGCAGCCUGGCCACCCUAAACGAGCGAGCAUCAAUAGCUUUGGAUUUGGCGGUACGAAUUCCCAUGUCAUUCUAGAGAGUUACCAUGAGAACACGGAAACUCGAUCAGAGGUGUCCGGAAAUAAGGAUCAGACCCCAUGGACGAUCCCACUGCUCCUCAGCGCACAUAGCAAGUCAUCGCUGGCCAGGCGUGCCGGACAGCUUGCUGAGUUCUUCCGUCAAAGAGAUGGCAUUGAUCUUCAGGAUAUUGCUUGGACACUGUGGGAGCGACGAAGUCAAUUGCCGUAUCAUCAUGUGUUUACUGAAUCUAGUCGUGAGGCACUUCUUUGGGCAUUGGACCACGUUUCGCAAGAAGCAUCUCCGUCAAUACUUACCUUACGAUCUUUGGUGUCUCCAGAGGAGGGAUUUGGCGCCCUGGGAAUCUUUACUGGACAAGGAGCUCAAUGGCCAGGUAUGGGCCGAGAGCUGCUUUACUCGAGCCACGUAUUCAGAGAAACGAUUGACAGGUGCGAGCGCGCGCUACUGAGUCUUCCAGACGGCCCGGGAUGGUCACUGGCUGAACAGUUGCGCGAUGCUUCACCGACAAGUCCAAUCUCGGACGCGGAAAUAGCCCAGCCCGCCACCACCGCCGUCGAGAUAGGGCUGGUUGAAAUCCUUGCUUCUUCAGGCGUUCGAUUCAGCGCCGUGGUCGGACACUCUUCUGGUGAGAUGGCUGCGUGCUACGCUGCUGGCAUCCUGCGCCUCGAGGAUGCAAUUCGAAUAGCUUAUUACAGAGGACUUUUCGCUAAGAAACGUGUUGGAAAGGGCGCAAUGCUAGCGGCGGCUCUUGCUCCUGAAGAAGCUGUUGAUCUCUGCAGGAGUGCAAGAUUUCGGGGUCGAUUGUGGCUUGCGGCGAAAAACGCCCCCUCUACUGUGACCAUGUCUGGCGACGAGGACGCAGUGUACGAAGCCAAGGCAUUGCUGGACGAUCAGAAAACAUUCGCUCGGGUACUCCGUACGGAUAAGGCCUACCACUCUCCACAUAUGGCAGCAUGUUCUGAUGCGUACCUACAAGCGCUUCAGAAAUGCCGGAUACAACCCAGAAAGCCACGAAAGUCGUGUAUCUGGGUGAGCAGUGUUGAUGGCCAUGCGGAGAGAUCGUGGGAAGGCGACGUUGACGCGCUUCGAGACAAAUACUGGAUCGACAACAUGCUGCAGCCGGUCCUCUUUACAGAAGCAGUCACGUCUGCUCUGACCAACGGAGGCCCGUUUGAUGUCGCUGUGGAAGUCGGACCGCAUCCAGCACUGAAGGGUCCGUUCUCGCAAACAGUGGCGCCGCAUCUGAAGGGUGGCAUUCCAUACCAUGGGUGCAUGAAGCGCGGCGAGAACAGCAUAGCAAGUCUGCUCGAUCUCGUUGGAUAUCUUGCGGCUUCAUUCGGGACGUCUACAAUCGACUUGGAAGGAUAUCAAAAGAAUUGGACGCCAGCGACCGAAAGCUCAAGACGCGUCAUCCAUGACCUACCCUCCUAUCCCUGGGACCAUGACAAGAAAUAUUGGCGCGAGUCGAGAAUAUCUCGAAAUCACCGCCUGAGAUCAGACGACAACAACAGCACUCUCAAACUCCUGGGCCGCAGGUGCGCCGACGAUUCGGACCGGGAGCUUCGUUGGCGCAACUUCCUAAACUUGAAGGAAUUACCAUGGCUUCGCGGUCACUCAUUUCAGGGGGAGGCUCUCUUCCCCGCGGCUGGCCACUUGUCACUCAUGCUUGAGGCCGCUCAAGUUCUUACCCGCGGCCGUGCGGUCAAGUCUAUUGAAGUCCAGAACGUCAGAUUGGAACGGACACUCAACGUCCACGAUGGACUGAGGCCAGUUGAAAUCCUGUGCUCCGCCAAGAUCGUGGAAGACUCACACGAAGAGCUGCGGCUGGUAGCAGACUUUUCAUGCUAUUUCUGCUCAGAUCCUAGUACUGCGAGUACCGAGAGAACGUCGGCAGGAACUUUGGACAUCCACUUUUUGGGUAACGAGGAACAAGCGGCAAACGUGUUGCCGUCUCGUGUCUCACAUCGCGCUAGCACAUCCACGAUUGACAUUGGUAGAUUCUACACCUCGAUGCGUGGUGUAGGCUUGGAGUAUGAUGGUGCCUUCAAGGCGAUAAAGUCGAUGCACCGCACCGCUGGCUUCGCCAAUGCAAAAGCUUCGUGGAGUCUAGAUGAGGUUGGGGGUGGCCAUGGGGAUGGGAAUCUCUACCACCCAGCUAUCCUUGAUACUGCUUUGCACCCAAUAUUCGCCGCUUUCACCACCCCAUCAACAGAUCGCUUAUGGACAGCAUAUCUUCCUUUAUCCAUAGACAUUGUCAGAUUUGUUCCGACUGCAAACGUACCAAAAUCUUUGACAACGUCGGUUGACAUUCUGAUCGACGCCCACAUAUCCGAAAGUUCACCAACAAGGAUUGUUGGAGAUGUUGACGUCUUCACUCCCGAGAAUGUACCGCUGGUACAGAUCCAAGGCGUGACUUUGGGAGCUCUGGAGAGAACGAGGGCGUCAAAUGAUCGCGACAUCUUCAGCCAGACAGUUUGGAAGCCUGACAUAUUUGGAGGCGAAGAGUUUGCCAUUGAUUACAAUCCUCCACAAGAUGAGAUGGUAAUGGAUGCUGAACGCGUGGGCCUGUUCUACGCUCGCAAGAUCAUACAUCAAGGAGAGGCUAUAGGCGAAUCUAGGCUCAAGUGGUGGGAGCAACGCAUGUUGCAAACUCUACGAAGUCAUGUGAGCAGUUCUACCGCCUGGGACAAUGACGACAAUAGCACCAUCGAGGCGCUGGUUGCAAGACACCACGAGCAAGUCGACUUUCAUCUAAUGCACAAGGUCGCCCGUGAGGUUGACAGCGUCUUCCGAAAUGAGAAGCAAAUGGUUGAGGUGCUCUUUGAGGCUCAAGAAAUGAACGAGUUCUACCGCCAGGGGCUAGGGCUGCGAAAUGCACAGCGUCAAAUUGCAAGCUACCUCAUGUCGAUCACUCACCGCUAUCCGGCCGCAGCCGUCCUUGAAUUGGGAGCUGGUACAGGGGCAACCACUUCAAUAGUGCUCGAUACUAUUGGGAGUGCAUUCGGUUCAUAUACAUUCACAGACGUUUCUGCGGGCUUCUUCCCUCAGGCCCAAGAGAUGUUUCGUGAACAUGCCGAUCGGAUGGCCUUCCGGAAAUUAGACAUCUCCACUCCCUUCGAAGAACAAGGUUUCAAAGACGGUGCCUACGACGUGGUCAUCGCUGCAAACGUCCUCCAUGUCACCGAGGAUGUCGAGGUUGUCCUCCGUCGUGUCAGGGGCCUCCUGAAGCCGGGCGGUUUCCUCGUUGUCACCGAGCCUACAGCGAGUAUGUUGAGGCUGCACGUUAUUCUGGGGGGCUUGGAGGGGUGGUGGCUUGCUCGAGAUAAUUGUCGUGUGGCUGGCCCGAUUCUCACUUGUGAGAUGUGGGACGAGAAGCUACAAAAGACUGGAUUUUCUGGCAUCGAUCUUUUCAGCCAUGACCAGGCCAGCGAAGACUUGCAUUCGUGCACAUCGUUUGUGAGCCAGGCUACGAACUCGGAUAUUGACUGUAUUCGCGACCCUCUGACAAACCUUGACAAAUUGCCAAGAUCCAGCCACAUCACAAUCGUUGGAGGUUCCGUAUUGGCCACUUCGAAGCUGGUCAGAUCCAUUCAAACGCGGCUUUCUUCGCACGGAUUGCGAAUUGUUCAUUACAAGGAUGCCAAACAAGCGAAUGUUUCUAGGGGAAUGCCCUUUGGGUAUGUUUUAUACCUGUCAGAACUCGACAGGCCGACUUUUCAUGACUCGUUCACCGAUGAAACGCUCAAAGGGCUUCAGAUGUUACUCAAGAGUCCCAACGCUUUCCUUGCAGUUACCAAGGAAGCCUCGACUUUGAACCCAGCAUCAAACAUGAUGGCUGGUCUCUUCCGUGGCUUGCGAGCAGAAACCCCGUCACUACAAUUGCAGACUCUGGAGCUGGAGCAGUCGAGAAUGGAUGCCGAUAUCAUCAUGACACACUUUCUCCGUCUCAUCUUCGCGACGCUGCAAAUUGAUGAGAGCAGUCGUAAUCUAUCAGCGACUGAGACCGAGUUAAGAUUGCGAGACGACAUACUUUUCAUCCCCCGGGUUGUUCCAGAACCCGAACGCAAUGAGCGAUACAACAGCUGUCGCAGGUCCGUGCAACGGCUGGCCUCGGGAAGGACCCAUCUCAUUCAGAUCAACGAAGUUGAUGGCAAAGCUGAAGUUACUGCGACAUCAAGAUUUGGCGGUUGCGAUGGUAGCUUGAAAACGAUAAAAGUUCACUAUUCAACCCUGGCACCUGUCGGAUGCGUGACUGAGUCUCAGCCUCAGUACAUAUGCGUUGGCACGAAUGCCGUGGACAGCUCCAAGCUCCUUCUCGCACUCUCGACCAAAAACGCCUCCGAAAUCCAGAGUAGAGCGGAUAACGUCUAUCCCAUUCCUCAUGGCACCUUUGACCCUCAGUGUCUGACAAUUAUGGCUAUCAGCGUAGCUGUUCGAUCAUGGCUGCAACGGCUACCCCCAAAACGUACCAUCUGGUUGCACGGCUUGGACAUAUUGGCCGUAAGGGGUUUCGAGGAGGAGGCGGCGCGGAAAGACAUCAGGGUCUUUUCAACUUCUCGAAAUCCCGAACAUCGUAACUUCCUUCACCCUCGAGCAGCGGUUCGUACGAUCAAGUCUAUCAUUCCAAAUGACACUAUUGCUCUGGUGGUCAGCGGGCCUGCACAUGGCAACCAAGAGUUUAUUGAGUCAGUGCGGACCAAGCUUGGUCUCUCUGCAGCUCUGUGCGGAACACUGUUUGAUUCCACCAGCUCACAAUCUGUGUCUUCACCGCGCGAUACUCUUGCAGAGCUAUACCAGAGUGCCGCCACGUGGCAGCUUCCGUCGGACACGACCAAUCCCUACGCCGUAAUUCCCGUUUCCGAUAUCAACUCUCAACUACCACCUGGAAAGUCGAUAGCAAUCCUUGACUGGACAGUGUCGUCCUCUGUACUGGCCAGUAUAAAGCCGAUACCGGCAGAAGAACUGUUCAAAUGUGACGGCACCUACUUCCUAGUUGGCCUCACUGGUGAGGUUGGGUUGUCUAUCUGUUCAUGGAUGGUUGCCCAUGGUGUCCGAAACGUAGCCUUGGCGAGCCGCAACCCAAAGAUCGACCCAUACUUCCUGGAGAGCAUGGACAAGCUCGGCGCAACGAUACGCGUGUUCGCAAUGGAUGUGACCAGUCCUGCAAGCGUUCAGGAAGUCGUCCGGGAAAUCAAGGCUCUGAUGCCACCGGUACUUGGAGUUUGCAACGGCAGCAUGGUGCUCGCUGAUGGGCUUUUUCAAGAGAUGAAUAAGGAGCACAUGGAGACGGCUCUCAAACCCAAAGUUCAAGGCAGCAUAAUACUCGACCAGGCAUUUGCCGACCAGCAGCUCGACUUCUUCAUCAUGCUGUCUUCUUUGGGUUCGGUGAUUGGCACUCCAGGGCAAUCCAACUAUCACAUGGCGAACAUGUUUAUGGUCGCUCUGGCAGAGCAGCGCAGACGGAAAGGCCUUUCUGGGUCUGUCAUUGACGUUGGCUAUAUCGCAGACAUCGGCUACGUCCCCCGCCAAGACGUUUCCGUAGAGCGUACACUUCGGGCCAUGCACAUGUUAGCUCUUUGGGAGGAGGAGAUUCACGUAAUGUUCUACGAAGCAAUUUUGGCAGGACAACCGGACUCGGGACAAUCCCCCGAACUGAUCAUCGGGCUUCCUGUUAGUAAUGAUGAAUCCAAACGACCUCACUGGGCAAGCGAGCCGCGCUUCUCUCACCUCGUUGUCGAAAGCAAGCAGUCUAUGGCUGCAGUCAACGCGAGCUCCUCGGCCCUUCAAAGUCUGCACUCCGCUCUAGAGUCGCUGACUAGCGAUGAAGCGCUGGCUGUUGAGAUACAACGAGCGUUUUCUGAGCAACUCGAGUCCCUCCUGCAACUGUCAUCUGGCGGAGCGGAUAUGAAUUCUCCAUUGGUCUCACUUGGUAUGGACUCGCUACUCGCAAUGGAGGUACAGAGAUGGUUCCGCAAAGUAGUCGGUGCCGAGGUGUCUGUUCUGCAGAUCUUGGGAGGUGCUUCUGGUGAAACAAUCUGCCACGCGGCGGCCGUAUCAGUGUUUGCUAGGAGGCGAGUUGAUGUUAACAUGCACAAGGAGCAGCGCCAUGAGCUCGAGAACUCCGACCCCCAGGUCGAUAUCCAUGAUGACAGCACUCUGUCAAAUGGGACUUCAGCAGCGGGAGUUUCAAAGGCUGCAGCAUCGAAGUUAGGAAGUCCAACAGAGUCUCCAAUACUUGGUAUCGAGACUCCUGCGACAUCUACGAAUGGCAGCGAGCUCUUGGAACGGGAACAUACAAUUGGCAUUGAAAAAGAGGCACCUCUCUCUGUGUCUCAGGCACGCCUUUGGUUCCUCCAAAAGUUCCUCGAGAACCCAACCACGUACAACGAGACAGCGAUGUACCAUAUCCAUGGAUUUCUGGACGCCGAAAAGCUCCGCUCUGCAUUCAAGCAUCUUAUUUCACAUCACGAGGCAUUACGGACGAAAUUCUAUGACAGUGCCGAGACGGGAAGUCCAGUUCAGGCUGUGCUGACAGAGUCAAAUUGUCCAUUUCGAUACGUUGACGAGUCUGGAAAGACCUCCGCUGGUGCUGAAUUCGAGACGAUGGCAAGCCAGUCGUGGAAUCUUGAACAUGGCACUUGCUUGGGUGCGACGCUCAUACAACACUCCUCGGAGCACCACACGCUUAUCAUGGGCAGCCAUCAUAUAGCUGUCGAUGGAGUAAGCUGGCUGGUCAUGAUGAGACAUUUGGACCUCGCCUACCAGUCAAAAGCGUUGCCUCCUGUCCUUGGAUACUCUGAAUUCGCAGUGAGACAACAGGAGCAGCUGCGCAAUGGGAGCUUCGCCGACGAGAUCAACUUCUGGAAGCAAGAGCUCUCCGGACUUGAGGAGCCAAUCCCAUUGUUUCCGAUGGCGCGUGUAAACAUGCGCCCCGCGAGCAAUAGGUACGAUAGCGUGAACGCAGGGACACUGCUAGACACCGAAACAGUUUUGAAAGUCAGGCAAACCAGCAGUCGACUAGAUAUGACUCCAUUUCACUUCCAUCUGGGCAUUCUCAUGGCUCUCACUGCCCGACUCUCCGAAUCGGAGGAUAUCUGCAUCGGCAUGGUAGUUCCAGGGCGAUCUGAUGAGGCCUUUGCUGAGACAGUCGGAUUCUUCAUCAACAUAAUCCCGGUUCGAGUCUCAGUCACCCACGAGGACACAUUCCAGACGCUGUGCAAGAAGGUGUCAUCAAAGAUCUUCGCGUCUCUCAGCAACUCGCGUGUGCCUCUGGAUGCAUUGCUUGACACAUUCAAAGUUGCGCGAACGGCUCGCCACAGUCCUGUGUUUCAAGUCAUUAUCAAUUACCGGCGUAAUGUCUUGGGUCAUAGUUCUAUUGGCGAUUGCAGUGUGAAGUACAUCAAAUCCGCGAGUUCGGGAAAUCCGUACGAUAUAUGCCUCAACAUCACCGAAACACCGUCCAAGACUUGUUUGGUGGAGAUCUCAUCCAGAGAGUCGCUGUACUCAAGAGAAGCCGCGCAGUCCAUCUUGGACUGCUAUCGCCACAUUUUGGCAUGCGUGUGUCAAACGCCCAGCUCCCUAGUUUCGCGUCUGCAGCUCUGGAGACAAAAAGAAGAGACAGAUUCUGAGUUAUUGGCGUUAGGGCGUGGGAGGAGAGUCGAUCUCGAAUGGGAAGAAACCGUUACCCGUCGCAUUGCAGCCCUUGCUGUUCAACACCCUGACGCCGUGGCUAUCGAGCAACAAAGACUGUCGCUCACGUAUCGCCAGUUGAUGAUUCAAGUCGACAACCUGGUGGUUGCUCUUGAGCAAUCGCAAGUCCCGAAAGGAGCAGACACUUACUGUUGUCUGCUAUUUCAGCCAACGCCAGAAUACAUUGUGUCCUUCCUUUCUGUUCUCAAGCAUUCGGCGGUUGCAGUACCUCUUGAUACGCUUAACAGCCGGGAGCGUAUGGCUAUCAUCCUGGAUGACUGCCAACCUGCAAUCGUUCUGCACCACGACCAAACAACCGAGACGGCAGAGUGGCUUCAAAGAACGUAUCCACGAGUCUCCCUCUUGAACGUUUCUCGUCAUAUGAAUAGCAGGUCUGAGAGAAAGGUGAAUGACUCCUCCAGCUCAGAGUCACCAGCAGCUAUGAUAUACACAAGCGGCACUACCGGCACUCCGAAAGGCGCGAUACUGACCCACUCAAACUAUCGGGAUAUCAUAGCUUCGACUACCAACAGGAUGCAGAUUGGGUUUCAUGGAGAGGUCGUGCUACAGCAAACAGCUCUUGGCUUCGACAUGGCCAUCAUGCAAAUCCUUCUUGGGCUCUGCAACUCAAACACCGUCGUUGUGGCGACAGAAACCCAAAGGAAAGAUCCUUGCGCUAUAGCAGAGCUCCUGUGCAGUCAUCGAGUGUCAUGCAUGAUUGCCACGCCGACAGAAUAUGCGCUCAUGUUCCAGUACGCAGCCGAGACGCUUGUUCAAUGCAAGUCGCUGCGAGUGCUCGGUGUAGGCGGCGAGUUGUUCUCCACCCACUUGGCCAGCCAAUUUCGUCAGACUUUUGCUCACCAAAUCAGGGUAUUCAAUGUGUACGGCCCAACGGAAACUUGCAUCAAUAGCAACGUCGGUCUGGUCGAGCACUGGCGGGAUGAUCUGGACCAAGUCGCCGUCGGGCCUCCCUUGGAUAAUGUCAGCAUUUACGUGUUGGACGAGGGUCAGAAUCCGGUGCCUGGUGGCUGCACGGGUGAGGUCUUUGUAGCCGGUUGCGGUGUGGGCCAGGGAUACCUGCGUCGCCCAGAGCUCACUUCAAGUGUCUUCAUCAAGGACCCCUUCGCCGAGGCCCCGGAUGUCGCUCAAGGCUGGACAACUAUGUACCGCACCGGAGACAAGGGAUUCCUCCGACCCGACGGGACCCUGGUCGUCCUUGGUCGCGUGAGUGGCGACACCCAGGUCAAGAUCCGCGGCAUUCGCAUAGAGCUGGAGGACAUCGCUUCGAAUAUUGUUUCUGUGUCCAGGGGAAGGGUGUCCCAAGCUGCGGUCACUGUUCGAGGAGAGACACAGAUGAUUAUCGGGUUCGUGGUGAUGACAUCAGCAAAAGACACAGAGAUGGGCACUGAUUUCUUCGACGACCUGGCUGCAAGUCUGCCGUUGCCCGAAUACAUGAAGCCUGCCGCUAUCAUACCGGUGGAAAGGCUACCGAAGACAACCAACGGAAAGCUGGACAGGGAUGCCCUCAGCCUCAUCCCAUUACCACAGAGAUCACUCACAAAUACAGGUCCUGGAGAUACUAGUCUCUCCUCACUGGAGAGUGGAUUGCGCCAAGUUUGGAUCGAGACUCUGUCGCCGUCGACCGAUACCAUCACCAUAGACUCUGACUUUUUCCGAUGUGGAGGCAAUUCCACACUUCUCAUACCUCUUCGCACAAAGAUAGAGCGGCUUUUCCAUGUAAAGAUGCCCUUGCUACAGCUGUUUGAAGCUAGUACUUUGCGGGCGAUGGCAGCCAGUAUCCGGGGCGCCAAGGACGCGCAGAGCGGCGGGAGUAAUUGGGAGUUCUGGGACGAUGAGACGAGGUUCGACAUCCCUAGCAACACUGAGUUGUCGAUAUCAGUACGAGAUCGGAAACUGCCGACUGAACCAAAGGUCAUUCUCAUGACCGGUACCAACACACUCCUGGGUUCGCAACUGCUUCAAUUACUGAUAGCUAGUCCGGACGUUGCUCAAGUGCACUGUGUGGCCCUCUCGCUGGAGGAACAGGCUGGCAUGGCCACCAGUUCCAAGACCACACUUCACACCGGAAGUCUUCGAGACCCGAACCUUGGCCUCUCCACAGAAAUGCAGCAAACGAUUCAGUCAGAGGUCGAUAUCAUCAUCCACGCCGGUGCGGAUGGGUCCUGUCUAAACAACUACUCUUCGAUCAGUCGCCAAAACGUCGAUUCUACCAAAUUCCUUGCUUCCCUCGCCAUUCCGAGGCAGAUACCAAUCCACUACAUAUCAAGUGCCCGCGUGGUGCUUUUUACAGGCCAGAACGAGUGGCCUGAAGCUUCCGUUGCCGGUCAUUACCCGCCGAGUGACCAGGGCAGGGAAGGAUUCACGACGACGAAGUGGGCGAGUGAGAUGGCCUUGGAGAGUUUCCAUGCCCAGACCAAGGUGCCGAUCGCCAUUCACCGGACUGGGUACCUCAUGAGUGAAGACGCCGAUCAGAUGGACAUCGUCAACAUGAUUUACAAGUAUUCGACCGAGCUACGCGCCGUGCCAUCCCUUGCCAAGUUCUACGGAUACCUGGAUAUGAGCGAGGUCCAAUCAGUCGCGGCGAGCAUGGCCAACUCUGUCCUGUCACAGGGUCCCACCCCAGAACGGGUUAUGUACCAGCAUCAUACCGACAACAACGCAGUGCCGAUACAUGACUUCAGGUUGUUCAUGGAGAGAAAGCUAGGUCACCCGUUCAAGGAGUUGGCUCUGGAUGCCUGGGUGGCAGAAGCCGAGGGCGCUGGGUUGAGCCCGUUCUUGGCAGAGUUUCUUGGUGUCGUGGCUGAGAAGGGGGAGGAGGCGAGAUAUCCGAGAUUGCUGAAAGGGUCUGCAUAG